AUGGCAAGCAAAUAUGAUCCACCUCAAGGGCCGCCACCUUCGUAUCCUUCGCAACCCGCACCGGUUCACUACGACGCUGGUCCAGCCUCGUACGGAAACAAUCAACAACCAUACUAUCAGGGCCAAGCGCAAGAUUACUACGGCCAGUCAAAUCAAGGUUACUACGGCCCUCAGCAGGGCUAUCCUCCCCAGGGCUAUCCUCCGCAGGGGUACUACCCACAAGGUGGCAUGUAUUAUCAGCAGCCGCAAGGCUAUUUCGGAAACGACAGAGGAGGCAGCGGCGGCGCGGUAGCAACAGGUUUGUGUGCGGGCCUCUGCGCGAGCUUGUGCUGUCUUGACUUGUGCCUGUUCUUCUGA